AUGCCUCUCUUCCAGAAUGCCCAGAAUCUCACCAUCAACGGCGGAAACUUCAACGACUUCUCUACCAGUGGGCUCGAUCCUCUCGUGUACCUCGAGCAGUACAGUGCUCCUGGAGCCAUGCACGACUCUAUGGAGCGCUACCCUCCUCCACGCUGCCAUGCAGAGACCAGGAGGCGAGCACUGGAAACCAUAGAGCACUGGGGAACCUUGCCUAGGGCGGACAGGCGGAAGCGCCUCUUCUGGCUACAUGGACCGGUCGGGAUGGGCAAGACGGCCAUCGCGCAGACCAUCGCUGAGGAGUUCGAGGCCAAAGGUAUCCUCGGUGCCUCGUUCUUCUUCUCGAGAACAGACCCCAACCGAGACAGAGCAGAGCGCUUCGUUGCUUCGCUAGCUCUCCAACUCGCCAUUUCCAUUCCCGCUCUCAAGCCUCAUGUUGGAGCGGCUUUGCGAGCCAAUCCCGCAAUACUCAGAAAGGCUCUGCCCAUCCAGUUGCAGAAGUUAAUCAUCGAGCCUUUCAGAAAGAUCCCCCCGUUCGACGAGGACAAAGUGGUCGACAUCGAUGGCCUUGACGAGUGCGAGGGGAGUCGGCCGGGAGCACAGGAUAAAGAGAAGGAACAGCUCUUAAUCCUCCACCUUAUCGAGACCAUGAUUGACGCCGAUCUUCCUCUCAACUUCUUCCUCGCAUCUCGUCCUGAGGCUUGGAUACAGGAAGCCUUCGAGGAUUCCCCGACUCUCUCGAUCACCACACAACGAAUGGAUCUAUCCGUGGACUCUCAAAGGGACACGGACAUUGAACGCUACUUCCGCGAUCACCUCGAGCGUAUACGGCAUAGCAAGAAGCAUCGCCUCUGCUUCUCCAAGCUCACAGAACCUUGGCCAUGUGAACUGGCAGUUGAAGUCGCCAUUCAUCGCGCGAGCGGCCAGUUCGCCUACAUUGACGUUAUCAUCAGAUACGUCGAUGACCCCUACGGCAACCCUGUCACACGUUUGGAAGAAAUCACCCUAGGACGCGCACGUUCUGGCCUUAAUGCGAUGGAUCAAUUAUUCGACCUAUACAGACGGAUCCUGGAAGCGCACCCUAAUCGUGAAGAAAUGAGGCACGCACUCGGAUGUCUUCUAAUUCCCAUAAGGCAGCGGCCCAUCGGUCGCCCCCUCUCUCUCGCUUUCCGAGCUUACGACCGGAUUGUUGGCGACGGCCCAGGAUACAUGGCCCGCGCCCUUCGAGGUCUUCACUCCUUGGUCCGAGUGCCCAGUAGCGGCUUGUACGCCGGAUCGGAAACAACGGAGGAUCCAGAGGAAGUGGAACUCGGGGACGAGAUCGAAGACAGACAGGUCAUGUACCAUAACUCCCUGUUGGAAUACCUCCGUCGCCCAGAGCUGGCAGGAAGCGAUCUCCACCUAGAUCAUUCCUACUAUUCUUUCUAUUUCCAUUAUAGGUGUUUGGUGUAUUUGGCCAAAAGUCGAUCUUUUUCACCAUGCACUGCAUCAUCGGAGCGCGAAGAACCAGAAAUACGAACAUAUGCAGCAGAAUCCUGUCCGAUAAGGGGAUGGUUGUGGCUUCCACUAUUACCACAGGAAGAAAUGACAAACCUCGCUUUGGAUUACGCGCGCCUAUUCCUCGAGCACGACGCCUCGACAGAUCUCCAGUUCGGUACCGACGCUUGGAUGGCAAGUCGUGUUGCCGGUAUAGAAUCCCGGAUGAUGUCUUCUUUUGACUACUUUCUGGACGAGGCGCGGCUCUUCCGGCGAUGUCUCAAUCAUUGGCGCUGCAUGCUUCGUCGCCACUUCACUGCCAAGGCAAACGACCUCAGUUCGCGAGAUGGUGAAUUCCUGCAAAGACUGUUCAUCUCGAUCCAUUUGUUGGCCAUGGACCCCCGUGUACCACACUCCUUCAAAAUAGGCCCGCACGAGCACUUCCCCGCCGAACCCUCACUCUACUUCGACAAUGUAGAGGUACGUUUGUUCCUCCAAUCUGUAGGUUUAACCAAGACCCUGUGUUGUACCGGUAAACUCCCUACAAGAUGUUCCCUUUCAACAACUCCUAUCGUUGCUGUCUUUACACACCUUCCUGCGGAUUUCUGGCAUUUGAUGGAAGCUGCAUAUCCCGGAUUCGGAAGUAUAGUGGAAUGCGCCAUACCGAGCCUUAUCAACAGAUUAUGGACGGAUUCGUGCAUCUCCGGACUGGCAACACCCCGGACGGAUGACUCUAAGCUUGCAUUCGAUUUCAGCUUCCCCUUCGAUUUCAAAGCAGCAAGUGACGACUGGAGGAGGAGGGAAAUACCCGACGUUACACUCGAAGCAACAAUAGAUGACUUGAACCUUCUAAUCCAAUUCAGCGACACCCUGUUUGAGUUUCUGCCUCGGAUUCCCACUCCAGAGGAGAUUGACUUUCUGCAGAAUCCUCUCGCCGAAGGACAAAUAGCACGCGUAUGGAUGACUAGCUUGAAAUCCAUUGGAGUCAGUGUCAUUGUACAGUGCAUUCUGGAAAAAAACAUCUCCAUGGCCCUCGCAUUGCUGAAUUUGUGGGACAUGGCGAAGGAGAAGGUUGAAUGGUUGUCGGUUAACCCCCCACGACGUCCACGAGUUAUAGCCUUUUUCGAAGACUUCCGAAGGGAUCCGGAAGCUUUCAUCAAAGCCUUGAUUUAG